CUCCCAAUGUCACAUUCAUUUGUGAUCUUUUUCAUCGUCUAUUACAAUGGCAAGAUUUCUUAUCGCGUCGAUUCUCUUGGCGACCAUUUUGUGCGUCGCAGCGAGCCUCGAAGUGACUGAAAAGGACCUCGUUUCGGAUGAAGCCCUGUGGGGUUUGUACGAGAGAUGGAGAAGCCAACACACGGUGUCGAGGGAUAUCACUGAAAAACAUAAACGUUUCAACGUCUUCAAGGCUAAUGCGAUGCACAUUCACCAAGUGAACGGCAUGGACAAGCCUUACAAGCUCAAGCUCAACAAGUUUGCCGACAUGACCAAUUACGAAUUCCGCAAAUUCUAUAGCUCGAACGUGCGCCACCACCGCAUGUUCCAUGGAAGUAGAGCCGAAACCGGAUUUAUGUAUGAAAAUUCGCACGUGCCUCCGUCUAUUGAUUGGAGGAAGCUCGGCGCUGUCACUGCUGUAAAAAAUCAGGGCAAUUGUGGUAGCUGUUGGGCUUUCUCGACUAUCGUCGGAGUCGAGGGGAUCAACAAAAUCAAAACGGGGCAUCUUAUAUCCUUGUCGGAGCAAGAAUUGGUUGAUUGCGACAACGAUAAUCACGGCUGCCACGGGGGACUAAUGGAGAAUGCAUACAGGUUCAUCAAGAAACAAGGGGGAAUUACUACGGAAGCCGGGUACCCAUACAAAGCCCAAGACGAGUUCUGCGAUUCAUCAAAGGUAAAAAACAUGCCGGCAGUGAAGAUAGACGGAUACGAAAAUGUGCCUAAAAACAACGAGGAGGCGCUGACGAAAGCCGUAGCAAACCAGCCUGUGUCCGUAGCAAUUGAUGCUAGCGGUAGCGAUAUGCAAUUCUACUCGGAGGGAGUGUACACGGGAGGAGAGUGCGGGACAGAGCUGGACCAUGGCGUGGGAGUGGUGGGAUACGGGACAACAGUCGAGGGGACAAAAUAUUGGAUUGUAAGAAACUCAUGGGGGCCUGAAUGGGGAGAAGAGGGCUAUAUUCGGAUGCAGCGCGGUGUUUCUGCUCCGGAGGGGCAGUGCGGCAUAGCCAUGGAGCCUUCCUACCCUGUCAAGUUGUCGCCCCACAAAGACGAGCUCUGAUUAAUUUUAAUUUAAUACUCCCUAUUUAAUUAAUUACUAAGAUAUAAGGGACUCUCUCUCUCUCUCUCUCUCUCUCUAGAUAUAUAUAUAUAUAUAUAUAUAUACAUGUGGUAGUGUUGUGGGUGGCUGAUUCACAAAAUUAGAAUAAAGGUUGGUGUUGCAAGGA